UUUAUUAGUACAUAAUUAUGUUGUUUACGCUAUGAAUGCAUAUCGAUAGACUGAGUAUCAAAAUAGAAGUGUUUGGCGUUUAACCAUGUUAACAGCAUUGUUUUUUAAAACAUGUUACCAUUGUAACAAACAAGGUUUAAUUAUUUGUCUAUUAAAAAACACAUACACGCAAUAAAACUACCCAUGAACUAUAUCAUGUAUAUUUGCAACGUAUACUUUUACCUAGUGAGUGUAUAUUCAUCAUUUGUAAAUAUUCAGUGCUACAAAAUGUAUAUUCACGCCGGUCUUUGUGUAUACUGUAACAGUUUGGAGGUGUAACGACGCGAUGAAUUAAUUGAAAAAAAAAAUAUUACAAAAGCAUUACCUUGAAAUAAAAAUCAUAUCAGUAAGAUAUUUCAAUGAGAUAACAUUAUAUAUGAAAAUUAUAUAUAUGUAACAAAAGUUGAAAGGUCAUAAAGUAGACCGUAACGUCGUAGCUCUAGAUUUGUAUUAGUGACAUGUUUAAUAUAAGUGUGUAUAAACAUCAAUUUAAGCGAUUUUCAAAGUUCGUUUCAAUUUUGUAAAUGAUGGAUUUGAAUGUGGAGAAACUCAAGGAACUGAAAAAAACCAUGACACCGAUUCCAUUACCAGAGUUUAAAGGAGUACGAUUCCCAGCUACCAUUCCAAUCAGAGAAAAGGGAGUAGAGAAAGCUUUACAAGACGUAAGGGAAAUUCAGUCCAGAGAUUCAGAUAUUAUGAUCUGCACAUAUCCAAAAUCAGGAACGCACUGGGUCAACGAAGUUACCAAUAUGUUAAUUAGAAACAAAACAGAACUAGAUUCCAGUAGCAAAGUUUCGACGAUGUUAGAAGUUAUUCCCGAUCUCUCAGUCCUAGAAGCACUGCCAUCACCAAGGUUACUUAAUACUCAUUUCUCAUUUAAAUAUGUACCAAAGAAGCACAUCGAAAAUAGAUGCAAGAUUAUUCAUAUGAUUAGAAACCCGAAAGAUGUCUGUGUCUCGUUUUACUACCAUGCCAAGAGUGACCCAUUACAGGAUUUUACUGGAUCAUGGGAUGAUUUUUUCGAAAUGUGGAUGUCAGACAAAUGUCCGUAUGGAUCAUGGUACAAUUAUGAGAAAGAAAUGGAUCAAGCAGAGAAAGAUUUUCCUGGCAUGAUAUAUACUUGCUACUUCGAAGAAAUGAAAAAGGAUAGUAAAGGAGAGAUACAGCGAUUGGCUAAUUUCCUAGGAAUACCAUGCACCGAAAAGACUAUAGAAAAAAUUGCCGAAACAACGUCCUUUAAUAAUAUGCAGCAAAAUAAACUAGAUAUCACGAAAGUAGUUUUUGGAAAAGGCUUCAUAUUUAGAAAGGGGGAAAUAGGAGACUGGAAAAACCAUUUUACAGUUGCACAAAAUGAGCGGUUUAGUGUACACUUCACAGAAAGAUUUAAGGACAGUUCAUACACACUUUCUUUUGAAUAAAGUAUCAUUUGUUAGAAACAAAAAAAUGUAGCGGCAUUCCUUUUCCAAAUGAUGUAAGAUGGCAAGUUUAAUUUAAAAUAUACACUCAGGUAUCUAGCUAUUAAAACAAUAACAUAGUGUACGGUGAUGUCCAGAUUUAAUUGAGGAAAAUAGAAAUGGAUCGUGGAUACAAAUAAACAAAAUAUAGAGAUCAACAAUGGAUGCUAUUACAGUAUCAAAGGCAGAAACUACGAGAUUGAACGAGAGAAUCAUCAUUAUUCAAGUUGAAGAUGAAACCUACUUUUUCUUAACAUGUAAAUUUAAUAAAUAUUUAUAAAAACAGCUUGAAUUGUAUUUUUCCAGGAUUUUUGAAAUUAUCUGAAAAAGAUAGAUUAGAAUUACUUCUUUCUUCAUUUAAUAUUAUACAGCUUACUUUAAAAACGUCAUUUGCACUGUUGAGAGUGGACACAGUACAUGCAUAAAUAUUAUUACUUUUUUUACAACUGCUAUUUAUGAUGUUUGAUAUUUUAUAAUUUUUGCAUUGUGUAUAUAUUUGUAUUGUAUUGUUUAUAUGCAUGCAACUCCUCGAAAUAUAAAUAUACAUUUCAUUAAUGAAUAUAUCAUUAAUUUUAGUUUUACAUAAAUGUAUUUUUUAUUAUUAA